CUCUCCCAUUGACGACGACUUGUGCUGAUUGCGUUCACUGAGCCUCCUCUCUUCGCAUUUUCCUUUUAUACCCUCAUUGAACACCUUCACAUACAGCAGCCAUGGCGUCCCGGCGGUUAGCACUUAACCUCACCCAGGGCCUCAGCAAGCGUGCUGCGUUCAACGCCCCCGUGAGGAGAGGUUUUGCAACUCCAGUCACGACGAAGAAUGGCGUUGCCACGGAGUGCACGACUCUGUCAAACGGCAUGACGAUUGCCACGGAGCACUCGCCAUGGGCACAGACUUCGACUGUUGGUGUCUGGAUUGAUGCCGGAUCUCGGGCGGAAACGGACAAGACCAAUGGCACAGCACACUUCUUGGAGCAUCUUGCAUUCAAGGGAACCUCCAACCGCACACAACAGCAGCUUGAGCUCGAAAUCGAGAACAUGGGCGGACACCUGAACGCCUACACGUCUCGCGAGAACACCGUCUACUACGCAAAGGCUUUCAACGCCGAUGUGCCCGCGACCGUCAACAUUCUCUCCGAUAUCCUUCAAAACUCCAAGCUCGAGAAGUCCGCCAUCGAGCGUGAGCGCGAUGUUAUCCUCAGAGAGUCUGAGGAGGUUGACAAGCAGCUCGAGGAGGUUGUCUUCGACCACCUUCACGCCACCGCGUUCCAGGGACAGCCGCUCGGCCGCACAAUCCUUGGCCCGGCAGAGAACAUCCAGAGCAUCCAGAGGGAGGAUCUCGUUGACUACAUCAAGACCAACUACACUGCUGACCGCAUGGUUCUCGUCGGUGCUGGUGGCGUUCCCCACGCUCAGCUCGUCGAGCUUGCUGAGAAGCACUUCGCCGGUCUCCCAUCUGAGCCAGCUUCCCAGGCCUCCGCUGCCGUUGCCCAGCUCCAGAAGCGCAAGCCUGAGUUCGUCGGCUCGGAAGUCCGCAUCCGUGAUGACACCAUCCCAACUGCCAACAUUGCCAUUGCCGUUGAGGGUGUCUCCUGGAAAGACGAUGACUACUUCACUGCUCUCGUUACCCAGGCUAUUGUCGGUAACUGGGACAAGGCCAUGGGCAACGCUCCUCACAUGGGCAGCAAGCUCAGCGGCUUUGUUCACAAGAACGACCUGGCCAACAGCUUCAUGAGUUUUUCCACCUCGUACAGCGAUACUGGUUUGUGGGGCAUCUACCUUGUCUCCGACAACCUGACCCGCUUGGACGACCUGGUUCACUUCACUCUCCGCGAGUGGUCUCGCCUGUCGUACAACGUCACUGAGGCCGAGGUCGAGCGCGCCAAGGCUCAGCUCAAGGCUUCCAUCCUCCUCUCCCUUGACGGCACCACCGCCGUCGCCGAGGACAUCGGCCGCCAGAUCAUCACCUCUGGCCGCCGCAUGGGCCCCGAGGAGGUCGAGCGUGUCGUCAGCAAGAUCACCGAGAAGGACAUAAUGGAGUUCGCACAGAAGAAGCUCUGGGAUCAGGAUAUCGCCAUUAGCGCUGUUGGCUCGAUCGAAGGCCUCUUUGAUUACAACAGGAUCCGUGGAGAUAUGUCGAGAAACGCAUAAGAAUUGUAAUUAAAAGAGCUAGAAGAUGGACGGGUGGGUGGUUAGGGUAUUGAACUUGGAUUCGAGGUUGGUGGUAGGGGGCGGCUGCAGCCGUGGUGGGUUGCGAGAAGCGGGAGCUGGGAUUCAUAGAGUGUAUGAUGAGAGUUGCCGCUAAGAUGUUUGUACACAUAUAGAUUCGAUCAAGGUUUUGUCAAUACAGUGUAACCUCUCUUUGCAGAUCGUGUCUGAGACGGAAGUAGCCGCGUAGUAUGGAAUGUGAGAAACCAA